AUGAAUAACCAGCAAGAAAAUGAUUUUUAUAGCAAAUUUUGGGACAAGACAAGGCAUGUUAUAGUUAAAGUAUUAGAUACAUAUGGAAAGAUAUGGCAUGGUGAGUAAAGGUUUCUUUCAGACCAAUAAUUCAGUCUUAUCAGCUCCUAUACUUUCAUAGGACUGAGCAUCAGAAUUUCAGACUUGAAACACUGGAACAAUAGUUGCCACAGUGCAUCAGGAGUGUAGCUCUGAACCCACCUCAGUGUCAUAAGAGCUACAAGUUUUGGUUGGCUUUGUAAGGAUCAAAACAAAGGCAUGGAUAUUUAUAUAUGUAAUAAGCCAUCCUAAGGAAAAACAAAAUAUUUUAUGAGGUACGUACAAAAUCAAGACGUAUUACAGAAGAAAGGGUGAGUUGGUGGCUGCAUAAACACCAUACAUUUUAAUCAUAUUUAACCCCCCCCCCCGAAACCUGGAGAAUGUUGCUAACACUUCACAGAGCUACAAUUAGCAAAGCCCUUUAAAAAUAGCUUCAUGGAUUGUCGCAAGAGAAAUGUGUUGUGGGUACACAGCCAAUGUGAUUAAUAUAACAUUGUAUAGGGAGACCUUGAGCGUGCAAUUUUCCUGACCAUGAUAAACCACAAGGCAGCUCUGAAACAUAAACUAUGGUAUUUGCCAGCACAGGUUGUGUUAAUGGCUACUACUUUAGAUGGACACUGCGGGAAACAGGACAGUGGGCUAUAGAGGCCUUUGGCUUCAUCAACAGGAUUCUUCUUAUAUCCUCCCAGAAGACUGCUAAAAACCCUCCAAGUACAGUGGUGCCCCGCAAGACGAAUGCCUCGCAAGACGGAAAACUCGCUAGACGAAAGGGUUUUCCAUUUUUUGAGCUGCUUCGCAAGACGAAUUUCCCUAUGGGCUUGCUUCGCAAGACGAAAACGUCUUGCAAGUUUGUUUCCUUUUUCGUAAAACCGUUAAUACCCAGGGUGCAUUGCUUGAAGAGGUGCAGUUGCGACUUGACUUCGAGGAGCAACACAUUGCACACGGUGUGGUAGCCUUUUCUGAGGUUUUUGAGGACUUUGCUGAUUUUUGAAGCUUUUCCAAAACUUCUUUUGCAGCUGUUUGGUAAGUUAAACUUUUAAAACUUUUUUGGGGGUUUUUGGAUUUUGGGUUGGGGUGUUUGGAAUUCAAGGACUUGGUGUUGGGGAGAGGUUUGCAAGAAUCUGGGAGCUUGUGUGGUUUUUUUCUGCAUUUUUAUGAUUUUUUGUGACCAUUGGGGCACUCUGCUGUUUUUUUUAAAAAAAAUUCUGGGUUUGAAUUUCUGUGUGGUGGCUGGCUGGGGGAACAGUUGAGGAGGGGGUUGCAAGAAUCUGGGAGCUUGUGUGGGUUUUUUUGAUUUUUUUUUAUUUUCUGUGACCAUUGGGCGAUGUUGUUUUUCAAAAAAAAUUUCUGAGUUUGAAUUUCUGUGUGGUGGGUGGCUGGGGGGACAGUUGAGGAGGGGUUUGCAAGAAUCUGGGAACUUGUGUGGGUUUUUUUGAUUUUUUUUUAUUUUCUGUGACCAUUGGGCCAUGUUGUUUUUUUUCAAAAAAAAUUUCUGAGUUUGAAUUUCUGUGUGGUGGGUGGCUGGGGGAGCAGUUGGGGAGGGGUUUGCAACAGUUGGGAAGGGGUUUGCAAUUUCUGUGUGGUGGGUGGGUGGGUGGCUGGGGGAACAGUUGAGGUUUUUGAAGACUUUGGUGAUUUUUAAAGCUUUUCCAAAACUUCUUUUGCAGCCAUUUGAGGAUUUUGAAGACUUUGGUGAUUUGCAGCCAUUUCGUAAGUUAAGUUAAACUUUUAAAACUUUUUUGGGGGUUUUUGGAUUUUGGGUUGGGUGCUUGGAAUUCAAGGACUUGGUUCUGGGUUUGAAUUCCUGUGUGGUGGGUGGCUGGGUGCUUUUGAAUUUUUUGGGUCUGAAUCAUUGAUUUUUUUUUCUUCUGAGUUUACGAAGCUAGGAGCUGUGCUGCCAUGGGACCCAAGAAGACUGCUGCUGCAGAGGCCGGCGAGAGGAAGAAGGAGAAGGUGACGCUGGAAAUUAAGAAGGAGGUCAUCCGGAAGCACGACGGUGGAAUGCGUGUGACAGACCUCGCCAGGGAGUACGGCAGGAACCCAUCGACCAUCGGCACCAUCCUGAAGAUGAGGGAGAAGAUCCUUGCGACUGAUGCAGCCAAGGGAGUCACCAGGAUCGUGAAGAACCGCCCAGCUGUUCUGGAGGAGGUCGAGAAGUUGCUGCUCAUCUGGUUAGAAGAGAAGCAGCGUGCAGGGGACACAGUGACUGAGGCCGUCAUUUGUGAGAAGGCCAAGGCCUUGCACGCAGACCUCAUCCGGGAACAGCCAGGAACCUCAGACGAGCUAGAAGUCUUCAAGGCAAGCAGAGGUUGGUUUGACCGGUUCAAGACGAGAUCUGGAAUCCACAGCGUGGUCAGGCAUGGAGAGGCUGCCAGUUCUGAUGUUCCUGCGGCUGAAGACUUUGCCUUGGAGUUCCUGGAGGUUGUGAAGACGGAGGGCUACGUUCCACAGCCGGUCUUCAACUGCGAUGAGACCGGGCUGUUUUGGAAGAGGAUGCCCAAAAGGACUUUCAUCACUCAGGAGGAGGCCAAGUUGCCUGGCCACAAGCCCAUGAAGGACCGUCUGACCCUGCUCUUCUGUGCCAACGCAAGCGGCGACCUGAAGAUCAAGCCCCUGCUGGUGUACCACUCGGAGAACCCACGGGCCUUCAAGAAACACAAGGUCGACAAGGAGCAGCUGAGUGUCAUGUGGCGAUCCAACAGCAAGGCUUGGGUCACACGUGUGCUGUUUGUGGACUGGGUCAAUCUUGCUUUUGGCCCUGCUAUCAAACAGUACCUGCUGGACAACGACCUGCCGCUGAAGGCUUUGCUUCUGAUGGACAAUGCUCCUGCUCAUCCUAAAGGCCUUGAGGAGGACUUGUUGGAGGAGUUCAGCUUCAUCAACAUCAUGUUCCUGCCGCCUAACACCACGCCACUGCUCCAGCCGAUGGAUCAGCAGGUCAUCGCCAAUUUCAAAAACUCUAGACCAAGGAGCUUUUCAGGCGAUGCUUCGAGGUGACUGAUUGCACCACCAUCACCCUGCGGGAAUUCUGGAAGGACCACUUCGACAUCGUCACCUGCUUGAAGAUGAUCACCACGGCCUGGAAAGGGAUCAGCCAGAGAAAUUUGAAUUGUGCUUGGCGCAGCCUGUGGCCGGACUGUGUGGCACCAAGUGACUCUGAUGCACCAGAGUCAACAGUGGUGCAGGACAUUGUUGCCUUGGGGAGGACCAUGGGCCUGGAGGUCACAGAGGAGGACGUCAGCGAGCUGGUGGAGGAGCACGACCACGAGCUGACCACCCAGGAGCUGGUCGAACUGCAGGCAGAGGCUGCGCAGGAGCAGGCCUCGCUGGAAGAGGAGGAAGCAACUGAGGAACGGCUGUCCUCCAAAGAACUGAGGGACAUUUGCCUGAAGUGGAAGGAUAUGCAGGCUUUUGCAGAGCGGAACCACCCUGACAAGCACGUGACACGUGACCUUGCGAACACUUUUGAUACGAGGGUCAUGUCGUCUUUCAGGGAGGUGCUGAAAAGGCGGAUGAAGCAGCAGACCAUGGACAGGUUCUUAAGCAAGAAGCAAAGAGUGGAAGAAGAACCUUCUUCAAGUGGUCCCCCAGAGUCUUAGAAAAUGUAAUGUACACUUUGUUGAUUUUUAAAUGUUUUUCCUGCCAUGUUUAGAAACUUAAUUUAUUGUUCCUUCAAUUUUUGAAAUGCUCUUUACAGUAUGUGUGACUUUAAAGAGCACUUAAUAAACUCUUGUUGUACCAAAUUUGGCUUUGUUCGGACUUUUUUUGACCAUAGGAACGCAUUAAUUGGAUUUCAAUGCAUUCCUAUGGGAUUUCGUGCUUCGCAAGACAAAAAAUUCGCUAGACGAAAAAACUCGCGGAACGAAUUAAUUUCGUCUUGCGAGGCACCACUGUAUUCCUAUUCUCCAGGGACAGUCCCAGAUUUACCUACACCAUCCUGGUAAGGUUUCUGAUUUGAUCCUGGAAUGCCCUGCUUUUCCUCAGGAUGUUUCUAUUUUCAUCAAAGAAAUGUCAGAGGAUAGGGAGUUAGGCAGCCAAGUAUACAAAAGUUUUUUAACGUUUAAUAUUUUUAUAUAUGUUGUAAGCCACCCAGAGUGUCUGAGGCAACCCAGUCUGAUGGGUGGGGUAUAAAGAAUACAAUUAUUAUUGUUAUAUUAUUAUUGUUACUACAGUAUUAUUUAUUAUUAUUAUUAUUAUUAUUAUUAAAUUGAUGUGCUUAUUUUCAUUUGAGAAAUGUUGGAGGGUAUUUUGAUGUUGCUUUAGGAGUUGAAGCAUAAAUCAGAAAUACACUACUAAAACUAAGCCUGGGCCUAGCUCUUCCCCAAAGUAGCGCUCUGUACAGAAGGAUAAUACUGCCCUUCAAAUAAAUAAAUAAAAGUCUCCAAAACAUUUAGUUUGAUAUCAUGUUAAACCAUCUCAAAGGGUCAAACACACAUAAAGUAGAUUAAAAAAGCAAAAUAACUGAAAGACUGGGCAAAAAUGUUUCCAUCUGCGUCCAAAAGGAAGCAAGGAAUGAAUAUUCCAGGAGAGAAGUCCCCUCCUGCCCCUUUAGUUCUGCGACCACCAAAGAGAAAGUCCUGUUCCUCUUGGAUGCUCUCCUGGCAUCCAGAAUGCUGGAACACAUAGCAGAGCUUUGUACCUGAUCUUAAAUUUCAUUUUCCCCCCUUCCAAAACACACUGUUUUCUUCCAAUAAAAUAUUGUGAUAUUUUAUUUACCAUUCAACAACAUAAUAUUUAUUUGUUGCCAUUUCUAUUAUUUUCAGGUUAUGAAGUUAUUGGCUUGGAACAUCUCCCUCAAGGACCAGGGAUUGUUAUUUUUUAUCACUCAGUUUCCCUUCUCGGCUAUUCUUUCUUUGCGGGCAAAGCUUAUAAAGAGAAAGGAAGACUGUGCCAUACAGUAGUUCAUCACUUAUUGUAUAAUCUUCCAGGUAAAUUAUUUAAAUUAAAAUUGUGCUUUUUUGCUUAAAACAUGUGCCAAAUAUGACAUGAAACAAUGCUAUUAAAUAUAAAACAAUGCUGUAGAAUACAAAAACAGUGUAUCUGGCAAAAACCCACAGAUAAAUAAAAUAGCAGCAACAGGUGAAACAGUAAAUUAGUGGAGAGGUUCUUUCUCACCAAGUCCCUGCAAGUAAGACAGAAUGUAGGAUGAAUAAUUAUUUCCAAUUCAUUUCUUUCUUUCUUAAAUUUGUAUACUGUCCUUCAUCCGAAGAUCCCAGGGUGUUUCUCAACACAAACUACACCUUAAGGAAGACUCAGGGCAUAGUAUUGAAAUGAAAAUGAAAUGAAAUAUUGUGGACAAAAGGUUAUAUUUUUAAAAAUAUAGCAGCCUAAAGGAUCUGUAAAUUAAAUUAAACUAGCCAAACCAAUAUACAGUUAGUCAGGAGGAAACAGGUCACUCCACUUUUAUGGCCAUGUUUACAGACAGCAUUCCCUCAGAGUAAAGGACUGGAAGAAAUAUGUCCUCCUUGUUCCUAGAAUCGUGGGCACAUGACUUGACGAGCACAAACCAGUACGUUAGAUAUAGCACUUUGCUUAAAAGUGAAUAUAAAGUUUGAAUGCAUCAGAUUGCCAUCUUCCAAUGUCCCAGAUCUGGUGGGAUGCCCAUGAGAGCCACAGCUGUGGCUGUACCUAUGCGAAAGGAAUGCAAACCAAACUGAACUGGAUCACAAGCUAUGGCUAAUUGGGCAGAGAACUGUCCAAACUUCAAAUUGAUCCUGGGAGAGGAAAAGGUGACCCACACACAGGCCGAGUGGCCAGAUAGGCUGCAAGUGCUGUCACAGGGCAUAAAGGUACAUCAUGGCAACUCUCGUUCAUGACCUUGGAGCCAAAGCCUUCUGGCCCAUCUUGGACUGCCUUAGGAGAAUGCGUACCAACCCAUCUGCGAACUGGACAUUCUGGAACAACAAGGCCUGCCCUAGACAUAGAAAGUAACUCGUAGGCCCAAAGCCCCACGAAAGGCAACCAAUGAAAAAGCAGGAAACAGCUGUUCUUCCAAAGUGAAAGAACACAGGGACAGCAGCAACAAUAGAGCAUCUGGUAUUAUGGGCAUACAUUUAUCUGGUCUGUUCUGCUCUUGGUCCUAAAGUGGAUGGGCCAUAGAAGUGGUCCUGACGUCCUUGAACUCCUGGUGAUUAGGCAAAUAUGGCUGCCUGGUACAGGGGGCCAGAGUGGACGAAAUGUCCAGUUGAGGUAUCAAUUGCCAAGGUUUGCUCGGCAUCCUCAUCAGGUUGUGCACAACACCCAGUGCCAGCUUGCGUGGCGAUUCCCGCCCCCCACCAGUUGGAAUAAAAUAAAGACACAGGACACCAGAAUUUAAGGUUAAUGGGCAACAAAUGGCCACAACUUUAUUGGUCACAGGUUAGAGUGGUAUUGGCUUUAGCCAUUGGACCUAUCAGACUAUCCGGGAUAAAACCGGAAGGGAUUGAACACCAACGGGGGAGUGUUGAGGCCCGCAACCAGAGUGCUGGGGAGCGUGCAGGCCCAGGCUGUGCACCCAAAGGUGGGGGUGCUGGGAGCCCCCGAGAUGCACAUCUCUAGGCGCUCCCCGAGGGGGUCACCGCUCGGGAGCGUGCUUUAGGCCCUAGCCUCCAUAGGUUUCGGACGAGGCAACGCCCCCCGGAAUCCUUUAACGAACUACCCUUCAUCAUUUGGGGGAGGUGAUGGCGCUCCCCCCCAACUCAUCAGCAUAAUAAUACCCCUACCAAGGCCAAUGUUUUGCAUACAAUUUGACCCUGGAUAUCACUCCCAAACCAUUUCCAUCCUCAGCAUCAUAUUCAACUGGAGUUCGGUUCCAACAGCAACUCCUGAUGCCAGAAUUCGAAGAAAGUGGGACAAGGGGCAUGUGACCUUGUUCUUUUUUCGUGAUCUCUUGUAGGCAUUUGAUGCCAUUGAUUAUGGCAUUGUCCUGGACUGUCUCUAAGGAAUGGGAAUUGGGAGCACUGUAUUACUGUGGUUCCAAUCCUAUCUUUAGGACCGAUGCCAGGGAGUAGCACUAUGUUAUGGGAUGCUGCAGGGAGUAGGCAAUAGAAGUUUUGGGGAGAGGUACCAUCAGUAUGCUGAUGACACUCAGCUCUCUUUCUCCAUCACAUCUGAAUCAGGAGAGCCUGUGCAUUCUGUGAGCCAUUGCCUGGACGCAGUGGUGAAAUGGAUGAGGAAAAACAAGUUGAGCUUGGAUCUUGCAAUGUCUGACAAAUUGGUCAGUUGCUUGUUCUGGAUAGGUUUGCACUCCCCUUGAAGGAGCGGGUUUGCCGUUUGAAGGGCUUCUGGAUCCAACUUUGUUCUGGAAGGCUCAGUUGAGGACCCUCUGUCUUUUCUAGGCCUAAGUACCGUAAUUUCAGGGUAAUCAGGAGAUGAAAAGACAGUUACAGGAAACAACAAGACAUUUACACUGAUCAGUCCCCAGAGCUCCAGCAGUAGGUCAGCUAGGUCAUGGGCUGUUAGGGCAGACCCAGUCUGGUCCUGUUGGGCCCCAAAAUCAGUCAUUAAUAAAGAUGGAAGUGUCUUACUGGGAAGAACAAUGCAUAGUAUGGGAAACUACAUGAUAGUAUGUUCACUAGCAAGCUUCCUGUGAACAAUUCACUGUAUUCAAACACACUUCGUGGCAACUAGGAUGGGGUGGGGGCUACAGCUAAGGAAAAGGGCAGAAGCACACAUACAUGCCCAUGGCUUUCAUAGCAAGUCCAACCUAUUAAACAAUGUGCAGUGAUCCCAGGAAGCAUGCCUCCCCCAAACACAUGGUCAAUCAAGCACUCUCACACACCGUUUUUAUGCCCCCACGUGACACUGCAAGCAAACACUUGUGGCAUCCUUUCUACACAGUGUUCAUGGAAUCUCCACUGCCAAACCCCCCACAUCAUCUUCCCCUGCAUGCAAACAGCAGCCACACUAGGAAACUAUGACACCAACACAUAUGUCAAUUUUAAAAAUAAAGCAAAAGAAGUGAGGUGAGAGCCCAAACAGGCCCAGUAGCACAGAGAGUUAUGUUGGGGGGCAUUCCACUGGGUAAAUUAAUGGAGCAUCUAACCCCCUGUCUGGGUGAAAAGAUGGGCUUCUGCUGGUGGAGGCAGGUUUCCACCAGCAGGUUCCUCUCUCUCUCUCUCUCUCUCUCUCUCUCUCUCUCUCUCUCUGUAUCUGUCUAUGUGUGAAUGUCCACUGUAUCCAAAACCCAUGCAGCCUAUAGGGAUUGAAGACUUGUAUUAUCCAGCAAGGCACUAUGGGCACCCCCAAACUCGGCCCUCCAGCUGUUUUGGGACUACAAUGCCCAUCAUCCCUGACCACUGGGAGUUGUAGUCCCAAAACCGCUGGAGGGCCGAGUUUGGUGAUGCCUGGGUGUAUUUUUAUCAUGAUGCAAACUUGAAUAUCAACCUAUUGUACUAGAGACUUGACUUGAGGAACACUUCUCCAAAAGGUGGUCACCUUAGCACUCAGCCUCACUCUAUGAGCCAGAACAUGUGAGCAAAAGGGGAACUAGCAUAAAGUCCCCCUUCCAUGAAAUCCUAGUUGAUCAGUAAUCUUUGGAAUAAAGACACUUGUAAAGUAUUCACACUAUUUCCUAAAUGAGAGCUAUAUAAAAUGCAUUUUUCUAUUUGGGGCUUUCUUUUAGGGAUAAAGAUUCUUUGUGAUGUGCUCUUAUUGAGAGAUUUCAAGAAAGCUGAAUGUGUGGAAAUUCUGAAGAAAGGCCAUCUACUGGGCGUUGCCCCUGGUGGAGCUAGAGAAGCAUAUUUUAGUAAAGACUACAGUUUAAUGUGGGGUAACCGCACAGGUUUCGCUCGGCUAGCUUUGGAGGCAAAAGUGGUGAGUGAUCUUUGGGCAAUUUGCAUUGUCCUCACAAUUAUCCUGGAUAUGACGUACUGUGUUGACAUCCUUGAUUUAGCAUCCUCCAUAGCUGAGGAUGGCAAAUAUCGUGUUUCAGGGUCAAAUGAUAUCUGGAAAGCCAUUGAUUCCCCACCCCUGCUUUUUAAAAAAGCUACUGAAAUCAAUAACGUUUAAUAAGAAAAACAACUUUUUUCUUCUUACUCUCUUCAAUUCCUCAAAAUCUGGGGAACAGCUUGUGAAUUUUCUUCAUCUGAGCUAUUUGAAUAGAUCUGUCAGGAAUUCUGAAGCCAAUCACGUCUGGCUUGUCAUUAAUGCCAGAUGUGAAUCAUUCCUUCUAGUCUUUAACAAAAAUUAAGGUGGAACGGUUGAGGUGAAGUAAUUAACUAGUUCUCACCUUUCUGUUAUUGUUUUUUUCCCUAUUUUAUUCUUUUAGCCCAUCAUCCCUAUAUUUGCACAAAAUGAUUCUGAAGUGUUCAGGACCUUUGGAAAGAUAAGUGAGUUAAAUUUAUUAUGUUCCUUGGUUGUUCAAGAGAUCUAAUUUCAGGCAAAAUACAUUUUAAUAACAUACAAUGGUGUUUUUUUAAAAAAUGAAUAUCUAUUUCCUAAGUACUCUCAAAAUGCCAACUAAUUUCAAAUUUCAUAUGGGGUCGUAUUCUUUCGGAAUAUUUUUAUGGAAAUUCCCCCUCCAAAAAAAAUUUAUAAAUACAUAUUUGACAAAUAAAUAAAAAUUAAAAAAUAUCCUUCCAGUAGCACCUUAGAGACCAACUAAGUUAAUUAUUGGUAUGAGCUUUCGUGUGCAUGCACACUUCUUCAGACAGCUGUUUCAACUACAGCAGAUCAACACGGCUACCUACCUGUAACUAUAGUUAACAAAUAAAUACUUUAAUAACCUGCCUGGAAAAAAAAGAAUAAAGAAAAGGGAAAAAGGAGAAUGCAUACAUAUGAACGUACAUAGAAUAGAAAAGGAUAUAAAAAAGAAAAGAAAAAUAAACGAACAAAAAUUAAGCAAGUUUAACUCUGUCGAAAUAAUAACUUAGACUGCCUUAAGACCUCUUUCCUAAAAAAAUUCUAUUUGAUAUGAUUCAACCCUAUAAUAGUAUUUCUUAUAUAUAGUGACCUUCAGUAUGGGUUGAAUCUCUUUACUUAUUUGUUAUUGAUGUUGGCUUCCUUCUGCCUCAUUAUGAUUUCAAUUCGAAUUAGCUUACUUUCCCCCUUGUAUUUAAUAUUUUAUCCUCAUCUUGGUAUGAGGAAACAGUAUGUCACUAUUUGAGGAGUUAUUCAAGACACAACCAAGUCUUAUUAGUAUAACCUUGUUUCAUUAAAUAAUUGUUGAAACAUUCCCAUUCUUUUUUGACUUUGUCUGCUGAUUUGUUUCUUAUUGAUUCCGUCAUUUCCGUGAGUUCCAAGUACUCGCAGAGUUUUAACUGCCAUUCCUCUCUCGAUGGGAUAAAUUCACUCUUCCAAUACUUAGCUACUAACAGUCUACAUGCAGUCACUGUGUAGAGGAAUAUUCUCUUGCUUUCCUUUGGAAUGUUAUUUGUUAAGAUCCCUAGUAAGAAUGCUUCCGGGGGUUUUUGUAAUAUAAAUUUUAAUAUUUUUGUUAAUUCCUCAUAGGUCGUGUCCCAUAUUUUUUGAUUCCUGGGCACAUAUGGAAAAAGGUUCCCUCAUAUAAUUUGCAUCUCCAACAUUUAUUAUCAUAAUUUUUAGUCAUUUUGGCUAAUUUUGAAGGGGUUAAAUACCAUCUAAAUUGCAUUUUCAUAAACUUUUCUUUAAUUAAGUAACACGCUGUGAAUCUUAGAUUCUUUCCCCACAGCUCUUCCCAUUUUUAUAAUUCUAUAGGAUAACCCAGAUCUUGCACCCACUUUAGUAUCACUUCUUUUACUUCUGGAACUGCAAAUCCACCUCUGUCUCUAAUCUCUGUUAGUAAUUUUAUUCCAGGUUUUUUACCCUGCCAAAUGAAUUUUGCCAGAUAUUUUUGCCACUCUUUAAAACAUUUAACUCCACUGAUUAUUGGUAAUGUUUGGAAUAGGAAUGACAUCUUUGGUAGCACUGUCAUUUUAAUUAUUGACAUCCUGCCCCACAGUGACAGAUUUAACCUCCCCCAAAUCUCCAAAUCUUUUUUUUAUUUCUUUCAAUUUUUUUACAUAAUUGUAAUUGAAAAGGUUUAUGUUUUUUGUUGUGAUCCCGAUGCCUAGGUAUUUCAGCUUAUUUGUUAUUUUUAAUCCUGUUUUAGUUUACAAUCCUCUUUUUUCUUCUUCACACAUGUUUUUCACGAAUAAUUUUGUUUUGUCUUUGUUUAGUUUAAAGCUGAGACUUUCCUGAAUUCAUCCAUUUUUGUCAGUGUUUCUAAUAUGCUCUCUGUUGGGUUCUCGGUGGUUAUGAUGAUGUAAUCUGCAAAGGCUUUGAGUUUAUACAAUCUGUUGCCCAAUAAAUACCUUUUAUUUUUGUUUUUUUCCUUAUAGCUGUUACUAAUGUUUCUAAUAUGGUGAUAAAUAAAAGUGGUGAGAAUGGACAGCCUUGUCUAAUCCCUUAUUCAAUGUUAAAUGUUUUCGUUAGUUCAUUAUUUAUGAUUAAUUUUGCUUUCUGAUUAUUAUAUAUUGCCUUGAUUCUGCAAUAUAUUUUAUUUCCUAAUUUCUUUGCAUCAAUGGUGUUCAACAAGAAAUCCAAUGAUACAUGAUCAAAUGCAUUUUCAGCUUCCACUAACAUCAUUGCUGAUCUUUUAUUUCCACCUACCCCCAAAUAUUCUAAUAAAUUGAUAAUUGUUCUUGUAUUGUUACCGUAUAUAUUUGUCUUCCUGGGAGGAAGCCAGCCCGGUCUUCGUUAAUUAGUCUAUUUAAUAUCUUUUUUAAUCUGUUUGCAAGUAUUCCUGUAAAAAUUUUGUAAUCCAAAUUUAGUAAUGAAAUUGGUCUAUAGUUUUUGGUAUUCAUCAGAUCUGCUCCUUGUUUCGGGAUCAAGGUUUUUAAGGCUUCUUUCCAUGACUCCGGUGUCUUCCCAUUCUCUAAUAUAUUGCUCAUAAUCUUUUUCAGGGUUGGAAGUAUGGCCUCUUCUAGUUUUUUUUUUAAUAGUAACCAAUUGAAAUUCCAUCUGGGCCCGGAGAUUCCCCAACUUUUGUUUGUUUUUCAUUACUUGUAGUAUUUCUUCUAUUUUGAUAGUUGAAUUUAAAUAUCUAUGUUCCUCUUCUAAUAUUACCAGUAAUUUGUUUCGUUGUAGAUAAUCAUUUAUUUUAUUCUCAUUUUUAUCUUCUGAUUUGUACAGUUUUUUAUAAUAAUUUACAAAGCACUGUUUUGUUUUUUCUGGGUCUACUAUCUCUUCCCUUUGAUCUAUUAUUUUACCUAUAAUUUUAUUUUUUUGCCUUUUCUUUAUUAACCAGGUUAACAUCCUGCCGAGUUUGUUGGCCAAGUCAAAGCUUCUUUGUCUCAUCCAUUUGAUAUGGGGUCGCAUUCUUUCAGAAUCUUUUCUCUUUCAUACACAGGGUUGGCAAGAUGGAUAUAUGAGAAAACUCGAUGUUUUCUCCUUCCUAUAUAUGGAGGGUUUCCAGUGAAAUUGAGGACAUAUAUUGGAGAACCCAUCCCAUAUGAUCCAAAUAUAACUGCCACAGAGCUGGCUGAAAAAGUAAGUACCAGGAAAUAUAAAACAGAAUAAUCUUUCCUAUUGUUUUUUCACUUUCUCAGUUCUAAAUUGUAUUCUGCAUACUGGCUUCUCAUUCUGUAUGACCCAGAGCUAGGCUUUAUUAUAUAUAUUUUUGUGCAUUAUAUUGAUCACUCAGCUUUUCCUCUGCUUAACUUGUUGAGACUAAUUAAAUGCCCUCUGAGCUACCAACUAUGAAUCCCCAACACAUUUUUAGAUAUAGAAUCAUAGAAUCUUAGAGUUGAAAGGGACCCAAGGGUCAUCUAGUCUACUCCUCUGCAAUGAAGGAAUAUCAGCUAAAGCAUCCAUGACAGAUGGCCAUCCAGCCUCUGCUUAACCUCGUACCGACGGGACCGCCUCUCUUGGUAUGCCCCACGGAGGACCUUGCGGUCUGCAAAUAACAACAUCCUAAAGAUUCUGGGCGCCAGGGAGAUCAGACUGGCCUCGACCAGAGCCAGGGCGUUUUUGGCUGUGGCCCCGGCCUUGUGGAACGCUCUCUCACGAGUGACUAGGGCCCUGCGGGAUUUGACAUCUUUCUGCAGGGCCUGCAAGAUGGAGCUGUUCUGCCAGGCCUUUGGUCAGGGUUCCGUCUGACUCAUUUUCUCCUUGUAUAAGAACAAGCAUGAAAAAUAAAGAAAAAGAGAUAAAGGGAAUUACAUUAGGCAAGGAUGUUUUCAAAAUUAGAACUUUUGCGGAUGAUAUUAUAUUAACAACUGAGGAGUCAGAGAGCAGUUUAAUGAAAGCAUUGAGGAUAAUGAAUGAGUUCGGGAAAGUAGCAGGCUUCAAGAUAAAUAUGUCAAAAACAAAACUUAUGGUAAAAAACAUACAGGAAUUAGAAAAGAACAAAUUACAGAAGAAAUUAGGUUUGGAAAUUGUUACAAAACAAAAGCAAAACAUUUAGGUAUAGAAUUGCUGAUGAAAAAUAUUAAUCUAUUUGGAAACAAUUAUGAAAAAGCCUGGAAGGAAAUUAGAAGAGAUCUAGAAACCUGGAGUAGAUUAAAGCUGACAUUAAUGGGGAGAAUAUCUAUAAUUAAGAUGAAUGAUUUACCCAAAAUGAUAUAUAUGUUCCAAACAAUACCAAUAAUAAUUAAAGAAAAUUGUUUUGAUGAAUGGAGAAAAUAUCUAACAAAAUUAAUAUGGCAAACCGAAAAACCACGCAUAAAGUAUAAACUAUUAACAGAUAAAAGGGAUAGAGGAGGACUGGCAUUACCGAAUUUAAAAUUAUACUAUGAAGCAGAAUGUCUGGCGUGGCUAAAAGAAUGGAUUAUAUUGGAAAACACUAGUAUUAUAAAUCUAGAAGGUUUUGACAAUAGGUAUGGAUGGCACGCCUACCUAGCGUACAAGAAGGUUAAGGUACAUAAUGGCUUCAAAAAUCAUAUACUCAGAAAUUUAUUGUUGAAAGUUUGGAAUAAAUAUAAUCAGCUAUUAGAGCCACAAGUCCCUUUAUGGAUAUCUCCAUUAGAAGCCCAUGCAGUUAAAAAACUCAAUAUGAAUCCGAACUGGGCAACAUAUAGACAAAUACUGGAAGAAGACCAAGGAAAGUUAAAAUUAAAAACAUAUGAAGAAUUAAAACAAUAUGGGAUGGAUAAUUGGCAAUAUAUACAAUUAAAAAGUGUGUUUAAGGCAGAUCAAAGAAAAGGUUUCACCAAAGAACAAUUGCUUUUUAGCACCAUUAUAUUACAAAACAAUAGGAAAUUAUUAUUGAAAAUUUACACUCUAUUAUUGGACUAUGAUUUGAUGGAUGAAGAGGUAAAAGAAACAAUGGCCAAAUGGGCAAAAGAUAUCGGCCACACUAUAUAUUUAGAACAAUGGGAGAAACUCUGGUGCGAGAAUAUCCGCUUUACCACCUGCUAUACGAUAAAGGGGACGCGGGUGGCGCUGUGGGUAAAAGCCUCAGCGCCUAGGACUUGCCGAUCGAAAGGUCGGCGGUUCGAAUCCCCGCGGCGGGGUGCGCUCCCAUCGCUCGGUCCCAGCGCCUGCCAACCUAGCAGUUCGAAAGCACCCCCGGGUGCAAGUAGAUAAAUAGGGACCGCUUACUAGCGGGAAGGUAAAUGGCGUUCCGUGUGCUGCGCUGGCUCGCCAGAUGCAGCUUGUCACGCUGGCCACGUGACCCAGAAGUGUCUGCGGACAGCGCUGGCUCCUGGCCUAUAGAGUGAGAUGAGUGCACAACCCUAGAGUCUUUCAAGACUGGCCUUUAUACGAUAAAGGAAAAUUUUGUUUAAAUGUUUUACAGGUGGUAUUUAAUUUAUAAUUAAAAUCCAACCUUUGUUGGAAAUGUAACAAAGAACCUGGAACGAUAAUUCAUAUGUGGUGAGGUUGCAAGGAAAUAAAGAAGUUUUGGGGACUAAUACAUGAGGAACUUAAGGAAAUGCUUAAAAAACCCUUGAUAAAAAAUCCUGAAGCUUAUCUGUUAGGGUUGGUGGGCAAAGACAUACCACAUAUGAAAAAAAAUAAAUUCUAUGCAGCAACAGCUGCCAGGGUAGUGAUUGCCACUAAAUGGAAAUCUCAGGACACACCAACAAAGGAAGAGUGGAUUUGUAAAUUAAGUGAGUAUAUAGAAUUGGCAAAAUUAACUUCAAUUAUAAGAUAUCAUUCAAAUCAAAAGUUAAGAAUGGAGUGGAAGUAUUUUGAAGAUUAUAUGUCAAAAUAUUGUUCUAAAAAUGACAUGCUAAUAGGCUUAGAAUAAAAAAUGUAAGCAAUAACAAUACCAAUAAAGAAAGAAGGAAAAAUCAGAAUUUAACAAAAAUAAUUUAUUAUACAAUGCAAGGGAAAAAAGGUAGAAAGAAAUAUAAAGAAGUGGAAUUGCUGUGGAGGGAAGUAGAGGGUGGGUGGUGGGUUUUAUAAUUAAGUGUAUAAUUAUGCAGCUGUUGUAAUUUAGAUAUUAUAUUUUAUGUGAGGGAAUCAUUGGGAAUUUUGGUUAUUAUGUGUAUAUGUUACAUUUCAAUAAAGAUCUUGGGGGGGGGGGGGAAGCAUGAAGGAGGUUCCCAGCCCGCUCAAAGGUGCUUAUAAUAUCAGUGGAAGCAGUUGGUAACCGCUUUCAAAUCUACCCUGAAGAUUGCCACUUGUCCAGUUUUAAUUUUAAUUUGUUUGAAUUAAAUGUGGGAUGUAUCUUAAUUUAUUGAUCACUUGGUUUUAUGCAUAUUGUCUUAUAUGAUGUGAGCCGCUCUGAGCCCAGCUUUGGCCAGGGUUGGCAGGAUACAAAUAAAUUAUUAUUAUUGUUAUUAUUAUUAAACACCUUCACAACCUCUCAGGGGAGACUGUUGAACUGUCAAAACAGCUCUCACUGUCACAAAGCUCUUCCUGAUGUUGAGGUGGAAUUUCUUUUCUUGCAACUUGAAGAGUGGCCCUGGAAACCCUUUCAGAUGGGUGGAGUAUAAAUUUUAAAAAUGAUGAUAAUGGUGAUUAUAAGGCAUUCGUUUGCGUCCUACCCUGCAGAGCAGGAGAAAAUAAGCUUACUCCAUCUUCCAUGUGACAACCCUUAAGAUAUUUGAAAUGACUGUCAUAACUCUUCUCAGUCCCCUCUUUUUCAGGCUGAAAAUACCCAGCUUCUUUCACUGUGGCUCAUAAGGUUUCCUUUCCAGACCCUUAAUAUUCAUGGUUGCUCUCAUCUCCCCCAAGAACUUUCUGCUUCCAUUCUUGCUUCACCCUCACCUUCCCCACAUCUAGUUCCGACUUUUGGUUGCUUGUUUGAAGGGGCGGAGAAGUAAUUUAUUUUUGCAGGUGUGUGGGGGUUGAUUCCUUGGUUGUCCUGUGGUUCCUUCCUUUUAUUUCACAUUGUUGGGAUGCAAUCAUUGUCAAUUGACAGUGGUGUGGUUUGUUUGCUCCUACCGCGUUAAAUCUGUACAGAUGAGAAAGUUGUGGAGAGAAAGAUUAGCUUUACUGAGGCAUUAUUGUAUUAAGGGUGCCCUUUAGGGACCUGCCAAGACAGUAUGCCUGGUAGGACUUACAUAGUUCCUCUUAGGCCUGGUACAUGCAUUUUGGCUGAACACUGCAAAGUAGGGUCUGGGUGAGCAUUAUGGGUUCAUGCUCAAGGUUCAAUAUGCAAGAAGACAGUAAUUUCCUCCCUAUCCUUUGCUAGGGAGCCAGCUGCAUAUGCCUUAGGAUCUGGAGAGAUGGUUUCCUACUACAAUUAGCUAAAAAUCCUUAUCUGCCUUUACUUCUGAUCCCAGUAAUAAAUUCCAUAUUGUGCUUCUUUAGCUGGAAAAAGUGGGAUUUUUAAAAUGCUACUGGGUCUGACUCCUUUAGCUUUUUCCUAUUCCUUUAGCUAUAACAUAAUGUAUUCCUUUGUUUUUGUUUUUUCAACAGACCAAGACUGCAUUUGAAAAUCUUCGGGAUAGACACCAGAAAAUGCCAGGAAGUAUAUUAAGAGCUCUUUCAGAACGAUUUGAUAAGGGUGACAAAGCUAACUAG